AUGUCGCAAAAAGAUAAUGCUUACUGUCGAUUGUGUGCCAUUGUAAAUUCUGAGACAAACCUUGUGAAUUUAAUAUCUGAAAAUGAUAUUCGUUAUUCAAUAGCAAAUAAAUUGAAAAGAUUUAAGAUAGAUAUUGACUUUAAUUCGCUAGAUAAUGGACUACCUAAUGCAGUAUGUUUAAAUUGUAUCAAUUCGUUAAAUAAAGCAUAUGAAUUUAUAUCUGCUAUUGAAAGAGCUCAGGUGAUCCUCGAAAGUAUAAAAGAAGAAGAAAAGAUAAAAGUGGAAUUUCAUCUAUCAGAUGUUGAUGAAAAAUAUGAAUUGCCUUCAUCUGAAUUAGAUGUGGACAUUAAAGAUACCAGAAUUAAAUCUGAAAGUGAUAGUGAGACUUCAAAAAACAAGGAAGAAAGAGUAAAACAUAAAAGGAAAAAAAUUAUAGAAAAUUUAGAUGGGAUACCAUUAUCACAAUUAAGACUCACAUGGAAAGAUUUUAACUGGCAAUGUGCAUAUUGUGACUCAUUAUUUCCCUCUUUUGAUGAACUCAAAACACAUUCAGUUCAAUUUCAUGAAUGUUGCAACCCAUACAGAUGUACAGACUGUAAUAUUCGUAAAUUAAAGCUGGAUAGUUUUAUUGCUCAUGUUAAACAUCAUCGAAAACACUUAAAAUUAUCAUGUUAUAAAUGCCAUAAGAAGUUUUCCAAGAUAACUGAUGCUAGAAUCCAUGAUAAGUCUCACAUUUUAACUAAAUAUGUUUGUUCAGGAUGUAAUGAAUCAUUUCAAACUUCUGAUGAACUCGUUAAACACACCCAAACUUAUAAUCGAGAUUUGAGAAUAAGACAAUUUCCACCCAUGGCGUUACAAAAUUUAAACGAAAGUCUGACUUGCUACAUAUGUCAGAAGUCUUUUAAACACAAAGGCACAUUAUCCACUCAUCUUUUAACACAUACAGAAAGGAAGCGAGAACACAUUUGUGAAAAAUGUGGUAAAAGAUUUCUUAGUAAACAGAAUUUAUCCAGUCAUAUGAAAUUACAUGAUGAUGUUAGGCCAUAUCCUUGUGAAAUUUGCAAAUUUAGAUUUAGGACACCGGGACAGUUACGUCUACACGUGGGAACUCAUGAUGGUGUCAAGCCAUUUGAAUGUGACCAAUGUGGAAGAUGCUUUCGUUUAAGAAAACAACUAGUAAAUCACAGUGUUAUACAUACAGACACAUUGCCAUACGUUUGCUCAUAUUGUAACAAGGGCUUCAGGUUUAAAAACAUCUUAACCCAACACAUUCGACAGCACACUGGAGUAAGGCCCUAUUCUUGUCAACAUUGUGAAAGACAAUUUACAAAUUGGCCCAACUAUAAUAAACAUAUGAAGAGACGACACGGCACUAACAUGGCAAAAAGGAAGAGGACACCUAAAGGUAUAUAUCCUAUUGACCCAAUAACCGGAGAAACAAUUAUAUAUGAAGAGACAAAUAAAACCAAUGAAUGGAAAAAGGAAUUGCUGAAAAGUUCACGAAAACCUGGCAGACCUAAGAAUCAUAAUAAUAUGUCAUUAAACUGCAUAAAUAAGACUAAUUCAUGUAAAUCAAGUAUACUGAACGAAGCUACUCUA